GGACCGCUAGCUGCUACAGGGCUAUGGAUGAAAAGCGGCUUUCUGCCGGGACCGGGGAGAUGGAGGCUGGUGGAGAGGAGCAGAGAGAGGCGCACAGAGUCAGGAAUGAGUGCAUGAGGCUGACUGAGGAGCGAGAUGAAGCAGAAAGACAGCUAAAGCACAUCAAAAGAGUUUCCCAAAUGGUGAUUGAGGAAGUAAGCGUCCUGCAGACACAGCUUGAAAUUGAAAAGUCCUGUCGGGAAAAUGCUGAGGCACUGGCAACAAAGCUAAACUGUGAGAACAGAAAGCUAAAGUAUCUAAGCCUCUCAUCUCGUCCAUGCCUGGAUGAACUCUUGCCCAGCAUCUCUGAUUGCAUCGCUCUGGAGGAAGAGAGUGAGCCACAAGAGCACUGUCCAGACCCCUACACCCAAUACCAACAGCAGGUCAAAGAUCUUCAGGAAACAGUGAACACUUUGCUGGAGGAAAAGAAGCAGUUAGUCUGUCAGGUACAGGAGCAGCAAAAACGGAUUGAGGAUCUGACAGUGCUUACGGAGAAAGAGCGAGCAGAGAUGAAAGAGCUUAACAACACUAUAGAGCAGCAAAACAAAACCAUCAAGAGAUUCAACAGAGUGUCCAUGAUGGCUGCUAAUGAAUAUGGCGGGCUGAAGGAGCAGCUGGAUCUGGAGCAGAGUCUGAGGCACAAAGCAGAGACCUAUGCACAUGAGAUGCUGGUGAAACAAAAAGAAGCGAACAGACAGAGCAUGAUUCUUUUGCAGCAGACAGAUCCUAGUGUUCAGCUGCUCAAAGCUUUGGAGGAUGUAGCCAAUAUAACGAAAACACUGGAGCAGGAACGGCUUCAACACCAAGAGAAGGUAAAGGCUUUGGAGGCUGAGCUGGACCAGUGUGCCUUGCAGAAACAGGUAGAACAGCUGCAGAAACAGCUGGAAUUACUGGAGGAAGAGAAAAAAGACACAGAAGAACGUCUGCAGCAGGAGGUGAAAAAGUGCACUGACUUGGAGAACAGAGUGAAAGAGCUGCAAGAGUCUCCGAAGAAAAUCGCUUCAGCGUCGGCUACGUCUCCUGGGACUGCACCUCCCCCUGCUCCUCCUCCCCAGCCUCCUCCCCCUCCCCCACCACCUCCACCCCCGCCUCCACCACCGCCUCCUUCGCGCUGCAACCCCCUCAGCUCCCUCAUUGCAAUCAUGAGGAAAUCUUCCAAGGGUGGAAAAGGCUCCCCGAAAUUAGAGCAGCCUCCAGUACCUGAAGCUGUGGACAAUGUCAAGGUAAAGGCAGUCAAUGAAAUGAUGGAAAGGAUUAAACAUGGUGUAGUACUUCGACCCGUGAAAGGACAGGACACAAAGCGAUUUGGCACUAAGCAACCAAGUCCAGCCCCUGAGGAAAAGCCACAGGAAAGUGCAAUGGAGGAGCUUAAAGGCAUUCUGGAGUCAGUAAAAAAGAGUCCAAGUCGGGGCUUUCAAGAGACAUUACCCAUUAAGAAGGACAGUGAACUGGAAGUAAUUCUAAGACGGCGACGCAGGCAGGCCUGUGAUCCAGCUUCAGCAGAUGCGUGUGAAGGUCAGAUCAGCAAAGUGUCGUCAUAUGAUAGCCUUAACGGUCGACACAGUUCAGACUCUGGUAAAGACACUGACAGGCCGGGCAGCAGCUCUCUCUCAGGCAGUGAUUCCAGUCCCAGGAACAGCUCAGACUCAGGCACUGAACCUAACGUGGCUAAGCAGAACACCCCUGUUUCUGAAACCGUCACCAGUGAAUCCUGUCCACGAGGACGAAACAAGGAUGAAGAGCCAGAAAAACCUGAGCAGUCCAAUGGUUUAAAGCACCUAGCACAGGCCGAGGAACCACAGGCGACUCUCAGCUCCUCUGUAGAUGAUCCCAGCAGAGCAAACUGCAGCAUGGAUGCUGAGUGUUAAAGGCAAAUAACGGCACUAGCAGCACAGCUGCAACAUUUGCACAAGAUCUUGUUUUGCUUUUUUAUUUAUAUAUCCAAACUCCAGGCAUGUACCUUAGUUCUAGUCAUUCACUGUCCACUGAUAAGAUGCACUAUUCAGUAUUUACUUUGUCCUAGUGUAUUCUUUGUUUCAAAGGCUAGAAUAAAUACAGAAAACUUAGGUCACUUAUGAAAUGCCUUUACAACCAACAUCCUUUUGUAGUACACAUCUCAUUCUCCCAUUUUGAACUUUUUAUGAGCAGUGUGUUUAGUAUAGGGUCAUCACGUCACAACAGUUGUGUUUACAGUGGCGAACAAAGAUUCAUGAUGACCACAUUUGUCAAUCGUCCACCUUUGAACGUUUAUUUGAGUCACCCAUUAAUAUUUAUUAGGGCUAAACAAUAUGAUCUGAAAAAGAAAUGACAAGACUGAAUAUUUCUCAUUAGAUACAAUAUACUGUUAUAAUAAUCAGACGUGUGCACAGAACAUAAUAUAAAUGCUGCAUCAAGACUAAACUGCUGGUCAAGACUAAAUAGGGUUGUCAAUAGAACAGUUUGAUUUGUUUUUUAUCCUCCUAAAUCUCAAGGGUUUGUGUUAAGUGCCUGCUUGCAAUCAGACACCUAGGCACAGAUAAAUAUUGUGAUGUACUCCGACAUGCUUUAUGUGUAUUUAAAAAACCUCAGUGAAGUUUCCUAAUGAUCACAAAAUUAGAAAACAAAUUAGUAUUAAUAUUUGUUGGUGCCACAUUUGUGUUGAUUUAUACCGU